AUGAGAAGUACCCAUCCGACAGAGGAGGACUGUGACCUAAAGAUCAUCGAGACAUUCGUGUUAACUAUGUAUCACAAGUCCUACACUAUGAAUGUUUGCUCGAAAACAUUCUGCCAACUCAAGCUACUCUCCUAUAUGCCAAGCGCGCAACCUAUCAGGCUUGUUGCAUCUGGAGUCGACAGUGAGUCAAAAUAUGUUGAUGUGAAACAAUUUCUACCCAGCUACCCGAAACCCGAGCCGCCAAACACAAAAAGAAAAGAAAUCUUCAGAGAAGAUAAUGACACACAAGCGGUCGCAUAUGAUGCCAUGAAAGUGUUGGCCGACAGCCAUACGACCUUCAUCUUGUUGAUAAAACGUUUGACUGGUCAUCUUAGACGGGAAGCCAUGAAAGCAUGGGCGCUGUUUUGUUGGGUUGGAGCUCAGUGUCUUUUCGUGGCGGAGGCUUACUGGGAUCUGGCUCCCCAGAAGAUAAGCCUCUUGGUGGAUUUUCAGAAUCCAAAGACACCUGGGCAGAUUUUGAAACUUUCGAAGCCUUCAAGCCCUUUUUGUAUCGCAAAAGGCGACAGUUUCAUCAAGACCCUAUCAUCGGAAGAACCGAUGACAAGAAACCUUGGACAGGAUAUCAAAGAAAUAACCUUCGAUUUCUUGACAUGCAAUGUCGUUGACUCUUCAUCUGACGACGAAGAAGAAGCUGAGAUCCCGUGUGUGAUCAUUUGUGGAAUAGCCAAAGGCUCUGACUACAGUGUGGGUGACCAGGAGCUGAAAGGAGAAAGCUUCUGGAAUGCUGCGUACGUAGAAGGUGGUUGGCAUCUGUUACAUCCGCACUGGGCAUGCCAAUCAAUCGCGGGCUAUCAAGCUAAACAAUGGAUCAGAUUCGAGGAAGACGGGCAACACGUGGACCAACAAGCGCAGCCAUCACUCGGAAAGUUGAUAUCUUAUCAAGAUGCAUUUUACUUUCUAACAGACCCCGAUAAUUUCAAAUAUUUCUGCAGACCGCACGAGGACCAGACAGCAUGGCAGCUGUUACCAGUCCCUGUAUCGCUGGAAACAUUUAUGAACUUUCCACUAGUUACAUCAAUCUUCCUGACGUCCUCAGCUAGGUUCACGUUUCGACGUGGACAGAUUAAUACCAUCAAAGCAGACUGUGGUGAAAGUGAAGUGGUGAUCAUUGCUGAGAACAGUAAAUGGGAAGGACAGUUGGCGUACACGCUGUACUACAGGGCAGAUUCAGAAAACCAGUUUUCAUCAGAAACAUCUCCUGAGCAAUAUGUCAUUUUAUGUAAUAAGAAUCACAAAAACGAAAUCAAGUUCCUCAUACGAUUCCCCACUGCAGGAAUAUAUCGACUUACGGUCAUAGACAAGAUGAAAGCGAAGUGGCUCUGCGACUUCAAGCUCGUCUGUGAUGAGCCGCUACAUCACUGCAACCCCUUGCCUCUGAAUCCAGAUAUAGGCUGGGGUCCUGGUGAAGCCUCAAAACGAAAUGGAAUCAGCAAUCUGUCUCACACAGAUGGAAUCAUCAAAGCUAAAAAAGAUGAAAAACUGGAGAUCUCUUUUGACACGAAAGAGAACACGAAGAUACAAGCUCGACUGAAGCAUGUCAAGAAGUCUGACGAAGAACUUGAUAAGUUCAUCAGUAAGAAACAGAAUCAGUCAGCCGUGUCGAUCAAGCUGAAUCUCCCCGACAAUGACGAGUACGCUCUCACUAUAGACACCAGGUUACCCAUGGGGAUGUUUCAGAACGCCCUCAACUACCUUAUCAGGUCAACAAAUAAGAACCACCAACAAAGGCCUUAUGGGAACCCGACAGAAAAGAGGAUCACUGAUGAUUUGGAGUCUGCAAUAAAAGAGGAAAGUCGCGGUAAACUGGUAACAGCCAUUGAGAAGUACGAGAAGUUCGGACUGAAAGACCCUGGUGUCUUGUCGAGAGCCAACGACCGGCUAGACGUUCUUCGGAUCAAAGAUAAUCUUGGACACGCCAUUCUCGCAGGUCGAAUCGACAAGCUGGACAAAGCGAUCAAGAAUGCCAACGGAUCGAAACAUGUCAACGAGUUACGUGAAAUGAUCGACAAGGCCAAGAAAACAUUGACUGAGGUCCAGUACUUGGUGGCUUCAGUGCCAGAACUGAGGUCAAGUACUUGGUGGCUCAAUACCAGGACUGAGGUCCAGUACUUGGUGGCUUCAGUGCCAGGACUGAGGUCCAGUACUUCGUGGCUUCAGUGCCAGGACUGA